UUGGGCUGCGCUCUAAAAGCCCCCAUGGCAGGUUUCGACAAAAUCUAUGCCUUGCCCAUGCUGACUAUCAAGGAUAAUAAAGGUACCGGUGUGGUUACCAGUGUACCUUCAGAUUCCCCAGAUGACUAUGCUGCUUUAACCGACUUAAAAAAGAAAGAGGCAUUUCGAGAAAAGUAUGGCAUUAAGGACGAAAUGGUCCUUCCCUAUGACCCAGUUCCAAUUAUCGAAGUUCCCGAAUUUGGAAACUUGUCUGCCGUUACAGUGUACGAAAAGUUGAAGAUCCAGAGCCAAAAUGAUAAGGAAAAGUUGACUCAAGCCAAAGAGAUGGUGUACUUGAAAGGAUUUUAUGAUGGGGUCAUGUUGGUGGGCGACUUCAAAGGCAUGAAAAUUCAAGAUGUAAAGAAAUCUCUUCAAAAAGUGCUGGUCGACAAGAAUGAGGCUAUCAUCUAUUACGAACCGGAAAAAACCAUAAUUUCCCGAUCGGGCGAUGAGUGCGUAGUUGCUCUAUGCGAUCAAUGGUACUUAGAUUAUGGGGAGGAAACCUGGAAGAAGCAGGUUCUAAAUGCUUUGGACUCCAUCGAAACUUAUCAUGAUGAGGUGAAAAGAAACUUUGUUGGAUGCGUGAACUGGUUGCGUGAACAUGCUUGUUCAAGAACGUAUGGUUUGGGUACCAAAUUGCCUUGGGAUGAAAACUGGCUAAUUGAAUCGUUGUCAGACUCUACCAUUUACAAUGCUUAUUACACUGUGGCUCAUCUUCUACAGGGAAAUUCAUUCAGGGGUGACAAGCCCAAUGCUUUGGGAAUUAAAGCAGAACAAAUGACUCCCGCAGUAUGGGACUACAUUUUCUUUAAAAACUCCAAAUAUCCUGCCAACUGCGGAAUCAAGAAGGAAUUGUUGGACACUAUGAAAAGAGAAUUUGAGUUUUGGUAUCCAGUUGAUAUGCGUGCAUCUGGCAAAGAUUUGGUUCAAAAUCAUUUGACUUAUUUCAUUUACAAUCAUUGUGCCAUCUGGCUGGAAGAUGCCUCGAAGUGGCCAAAGAGCAUUCGAGCUAAUGGCCAUCUGCUGCUCAAUUCUGCUAAGAUGAGCAAAAGUGAUGGCAACUUUUUAAGCUUGAAAGAAGGCGAGCAAAACGAAUUCCUUCAACGACAAAGUGUUUGAAAGCGAGAUCAAUUUGAAAAUCAAGGAAACCGACAGCUUUUACAAUAGAAUGCUGUUCAAAGAAGCCCUUCGCACUGGAUUUUUCGAACUGCAAGCCGCAAGGGACAAAUACAGGGAGUUAUCGCUGCUGGACAAUAUGCAAGUGGAUUUAGUUCUGAGGUUUAUUGAGGUUCAAGCCCUUACCCUGUCCCCCAUUUGCCCACACGUUGCGGAAAAGGUGUGGGAACUGCUGGGCAAGAAAGGAAGCAUUGUGAAAGCAGCUUGGCCGGAAGUAGGCCCCAUUAACGAGGUCGACAUUAAAGCUUCAGAGUAUCUGAUGGAAGCCGCGCAUUCUUUCAGGGUCCACCUAAAAACUUAUUUGCAAGGAAUAAAGACCAAGCAAAACCCCAAUCCUCCUCCAGUAGAAAAACCUAAUCUUUGCACUGUUUGGGUG